CGUUCAGAUUGUUUAAACCGUCAGAUUCGUUAAGAUUUUUUAUUUUCUCUGGGGGCUUCAAAUUUUUUUUUUUUAGUAAAGUCAGAAAAGGAAAUUAUCUAACUCCAAUUUCCUUUUUUUCGUGUCUGUGGACCGACUAAUCUGAACCCCAAAUCUAUAAAAGACUCUCACACCUCCUGUCCUUCGCUCCACUUUCUUUUUGCUUCUCCACUGCGAUUCAAUCCUCGAAACCCUAAUUUCUUUUUUGCAAUUCCUUUUUCUGAGCGAUUCUUUUCCGAAACCCUAAAAAGCCAACUGAACCCAAAUCUAGAAAAGACUCUCAUACCUCUUCUCCUUGGCUUCCACGAUUUUCUUUACGCUUUGUUUUCUCCGUUGCGAUUCAGUUUCAAAACCCUAAAAAGGCUCUUUUGCGAUUUCUUUUCUGAGCGAUUCUUUUUCGAAACCCUAGAAAACCAAUUCCGAUCGAAAAGAUGCAGCAGUCCAACGAAGAAUACGUCAAGUUUCUUGGAGAAGGCGCUUACGGUUACGUUAACCUAGUCCGCUACACUAAUCCCGACGACGGCUCUUCGUUUCUCUCCGCCGUCAAGAACUCUUACGACGCAGACUACGACAGUCUCCGAAGAGAGUUAGAGAUUCUUCUCAAACUCAGGGGAUGUCCCAGGAUCAUUACGUGUCUUGGAGACUCUCUUCAACAAGGUCUAAGCAAUCACGGUAACAAAGUCCACAGACUGCAACUCGAGUACGCCUCUGAAGGUAGCUUAAACGCUUUCUUGGAUCGUUACCCCGACAGAAAGUUGCCGGAGCCAUUGAUUAAAGAUUUCACGCGGAUGAUUCUUGAAGGUUUGGUCUCGAUUCACGGACAUGGUUAUGUUCAUUGUGACCUCAAACCAGACAAUUUACUUGUCUUCCCUUCUUCUUCUUUGAGACAAGAUUCAACAUCGUACGAGAUCAAGAUUUCUGAUUUUGGCAACUCGUUGGAGGUCGGAGAGGUUCCUCUGUUCUGGGAAACUGAUUAUCCGUGGGUGGGGACUCCCAUCUACAUGCCGCCUGAGUCUGUCCGUGAUGGCGUGGCCAACAAGUCUCUUGAUUUGUGGUCGUUGGGGUGUUUGGUGCAGGAGAUGUACACGGGUGUGUUUCCUUGGCAAGGCAUUGAACUAGAUGAUAUCGCUACUCUUCUCAUCUGUGGUGAAGCUCCAUAUAUACCAGAGUGUUUGCCUUCCGAUGCUAAGGCCUUUAUCGAAACGUGCUUCUCUAGUGACCCUGAGGACAGAGGAAGCGCUUAUGAGUUGUUGUCUCAUCAGUUUUUGCCUCGUCCUGAAGUUGAAGAAGAGGUGAAAAAUACGGUGGACAAGACAAGAAGCUCGUUUCUAUUGAAGCUGUUGAAGUUGAGAGUCAGACGAACAAGUUUCAAGAAGAAACCAACUAAGGACGCUCUUGCUGUUGCAGAUAAGAAGCCUCUGAAGUUGAGGUUUUUUCCGACAAAGGCCCAACAGUUUAAGAGAACUCUUAACAGAGUCUUAAGGUUGAAGACUAUGCCUUUGAAGCAAUCGACUGGCUACAAUUUAGUUUCUGUUCAUUAGUGUUUCUAGGUUGUAGUUUCUGGUUGAUUAAGGUUUAGCAUCUCUGUUUAGACUGUAGUUUCUGUUAACGUUUAGUAUCUGAUUGGUAUGUAGACUGUAGGGUCUGUUGAUAGUAUCUCUGUUUAGGUUUUAGUUUAACUUUGGUAUCUGAUUAGUAUGUAGACUGUAGUUUUCUGUUGAUUAAAGUUUGGUAUGUAGUUUCUGUUGAUUGACUUUUAGUAUCUCUGUUUAGUUUGUACAUUCUCAUGUCUCAUUACAACAUUAACUUUAAGUAUAGCUGUUUAGUAUGUUGAUUCUGUUCAUUAAGUCUUAGUAUCUUUGCUUAGUAUGUAGUUUCUGUUCAUUAUCGCUGUUUAGUAUGUAGUUUCUGCUCAUUAUCGCUGUUUAGUAUGUUGAUUAUGAUUCACUAACUGUUUAGUAUCUCUGUUUAGUAUGUAUCUCAGGUCUCAAAUAUGUAUGUUACCACAUUAUAACUGUCAAUAAAAUAGUUCUUUUCCAUUUGGUUUUCUCGCUAUACAUAGUUCUCCUCUCUGCAAACCCCAUUCUUUAUCUUUCUACAGUGGUUACUGGUUAGCAAUCGAAAAGCAUCUUUUAAUACACUUGAAAAGAAACGGUUUAUGAAUGGUCUUUAGCUUAUCAUCAUCUUCAACCCUAAAUAAACCAAAAUUGGAACAAGCUUUUACAACCUAACAACAAAGUUCCCUUUAUUCGAAAACUUUCUAGUCUGGUUUGGUCUGUCUAUAUGUGUUUAAUUCAUAUACAGAUAGAGAGCAUUAGGACCUUUGCGUUUCCAGAUAUAAAGCAUUAGGCUAGGCUAACAAAAGAGUACUGGAGACUACCAAAAGACCACAGAUCCAACGAAUAUAACCUAGAGUUUCUUUGACUUCUCCACAAUAUCUCAAUGUUGUGAGUCGUGACAAGAAUCAUUGACUUGAUUAUUAACGUUCCAAAAGCUGCUACAACCAGGUCCUUUUAUUAUUAUUUUUUUCAUCAAAGAUUUAUCUUUAAAUCUCAUCAUGUGUCUUGCAUAUUGGCAGCUCUUUGAGCUAAAGUGUGGAUGCUAUGGGAGAUGGGUUAGCUAUGGCAGCUUCAUAGUCAGGAACCUCAAAGUACAUU